GCACAUUGGGCAGGAAAUCCCGGCGGACGGCAACGUUCCGAAGGCCAAAGGAAACUUAAUUCGUCGGCCACAGCGUUCCUACCGGCUGCGUUUGUGAAGCCAGCGCGAAAAAGCCCAGUCUCCUGCAGAAGAAAUCCUGCCUUGGAGCUCACCGCUUGUGAAUAGCUGAUGGCACAGUGAAUAAUAAUACUGUAAAGAAAAAAAAAACAUACUGAGCUUGAGGACAUGGAUCCAGUCGAGCUGCGCAUAGAAGUGCCCUAUGGUUCACUUGCCGCGAAAGCCUGGGGUCCCGCUGACGGCAAACGCGUCCUCGCGUUGCACGGAUGGCUGGACAGCGCCGCCACUUUCGACACGUUGUGUCCCCUCUUGGACUCCUCGUUGAGGAUCGUCGCUCUAGACUUUGCGGGUCACGGCGACUCAUCGCACAGGCCUCCAGGUUGCCGCUACAACAUACUCGAAUACGUCGUCGAUGUCCGCCGGGCCGUCGACCACUUGCAAUGGGAUCGAUUCUGCGUCGUUGGUCACAGUAUGGGCGGUACCACAGCUCUUAUGUUUGCGGGCCUCUUCCCGGAUCGCGUAUUGUCUGUGGUCAUCCUGGACGUCGUGGUUCCGACGGUGAUCGUUGACUCUUAUAUCGGUUCGGUGCUCGCGCACGGCAUCAACAAGUUUCUGAAGCUGGAACCUCUGACAAAGAACCCUCCCCCUGUGUACAGCAUGGAUGACCUGUUGGAACGACUCGAAAGCGCGAAUCCCGGACAGCUGAGCGAGAAGUCGAAGAAAGUCCUGCUAAGCCGAGGCACGCGGCCAGUGGAAAGCGGAUUGGUGUUGAAGAGGGACAUACGAGCUAAAACUGGCAAGACGUUUGUCGUCCCGUUGGAGACACAAAAGGCCAUCGUGUCCCGCUACAAAGGAGAUAUGCUCAUCUUCCGCGCCACUGACGGGGCCUCAGUUCAACAACUCAAGGACUUGGAGGCGGAGUUUAUGAAGUCAUACAAGAAACACUGCAAGAGGUUUGAGUACAUAGAACUGCAAGGCGGCCACUACGUUCAUCUAAACCAGCCUGAGCUUUUGGCGCCUGCGAUUAACCGCUUUCUUUGUCAUUCGGCAGUAGGAAAAGCACACCUGUAAUUGCAGUGAGCGUUUCACGCAUCUGUUCACACCCGGAUAUUGGUAACAAUGUCGUGGGCCGCGCCACGAUAGACGUGUGACGCAUUCCGUUUUGUGGAGCAGCUUUCAUGUAUGCCGCACCGUUGUUGAAGGAAUGAUUGCGCUUUGGUGGUUUUCGUCGCAUAUGUUGUAGUUCUCAAGCAGUGCCUCAAGAAAUUUGUAUUUUUGAAGCGGUUCUUACGGUGUCAAAAUGUGCGUUUUUGAUAUUGCCGAUAGGCGAUACUAAGUGCGGGAUCAUCGGUGUGCGGGAUAUGGUUUGGCCAUCUUGAAUAGAAGCGAACUGUGAGAGUACCGUCCGUCCACAGGAUAGAUUUAUAGAGCGCUGCCACGUAACGAAACCGUGGGUAUAGAGAAUAUUGUUGAACUUUUAAUUUACGUUUCCUUUUUGUUAUUAUUGCGAAAGCAAUAUUACGGGUGUUACAAGCGCCAUUUGCGUUGGCGUCGACAUCAUCGUGCUUUCCUGCUAUCUACGCAUGCACUGAAAGCGUGCGGAUGACUAGAAUCAUCCCACACACUCGAGGUGCUGUCGGCUUCUGGCCAAAAGCGCCGAAAACAAUUGCCGUCUGCGAAAGCAGCCCUGCCGCAGCUAUGGCAGCUUUCUAGAUUCCGCUGCUGACUUGAGUGUUGUAACUUGUAUAAGAGCCUACUCUAUAUGUUGUAUGCACGCUCAUUAGCGUUCCUGCUGAACAGGUGCGUUGAAACGACAUCGUGCCGAAGGUGAACUUCAACGAACGCCCGCGCGCGUCUCUGGUCCGGCCAUGGCUCAACUGAGGUCUUCCUUUGUUUAUACAAACGCCGACGGUUUUUCCAUCGUUCGCAUUUCGUGCUCCAUUUAGGUGUGAUUGCGCAGAGAUAUUCUCUUCGCGGUAGCCCUAUGGCUGUGGGGCUGUGCCGCGGUGCGUCAGGUCACAAGUUCGAUGUCGGCCGUGGCGUCUGCUUUUCAGUAAGGGCAAAAUGCAAAAGCACCCGUGCACUCUUUUGGGUACAAGUUAAGCUUAAGGUGGAUAAAAUUGAAUUCAAU